CCUUCGUAAUCUUCUUCAGAAUUAAACGCCGUUAGCCAGCGGUCUACCAAAUCGGAAACCGGCGAAGCUGAUCUCGCCGGCGAGACCAACCCGCAACCCCCAAGCAUAGGCUUUAUUGAAUUGGGUUAAAAAUAAAAGAAAUUCAAACCGCUCCAUAUUUACUGCAACACACCACAUACAGAUACAGUUGUGCCAUAAAUUGACAUUUCUUGUUUGAUUAAGUAAUAAAGAAACUUGGCACCUAAUAGUAUGAGCUCAUUGAAGUUACUCAACUACUUUCUCACUUAUAAGUCCACACCUCUUCACUCUCGCUACAGUCCCUUGUUCUAUUUCCCAUAUAUUCAGUAUUCUUUUUCGUGUCCAAAAAAUCAUAGCUUUAUCUCCUCCCAAUUUCGCCUCUUUUCAUCCGCUACAAGUAGUAUAAGCUAUAUGGAGCUGGUCAAGGAGGUUGCGAGCAAGGGACCUGAAUCACAGCAGAAUAUUGCCAUAAGAGCUGAUGAAAAAAGCUACAGUUACCUUCAGCUGAUAUCAUCUGCGAGGAGGAUUUCAAAUUUGUUAAACAAGCUAGAUGUUAAAACUGACAAAGGCAUCAAAGAAAAUGAACAUCUCAAUGGAGCAAGAGUAGGGAUUGUAGCCAAACCUUCUGCUGAGUUCGUUGCUGGAAUACUAGGGACCUGGCUUAGUGGAGGUUGUGCAGUCCCUCUUGCUCUGAGCUACCCUGAGACUGAACUGCUACAUGUGAUGAAUGACUCGGACAUCUCCAUGAUUUUGAGUACUGAAGACCACCAAGAACUUAUGAGUACAAUUGCAGCAAAAACUGGUGCUCAGUUAUCUCUCAUUCCUUUAGUUCCCAACGUGCAUUCAUCAACGGAGAAUGACCAGUCAAAAGACGUGGUUUCUGAUGGUCAACAAAAUCCGCUAGAAAUCAAUUCCUAUGGCGAGAACCCUGCUUUUAUCUUGUACACUAGUGGUACAACAGGUAAACCAAAAGGAGUUGUCCACACGCACAAUGGAGUCCUAGCACAGGUCCAAAUGUUAGCUAACGCAUGGGAAUACACGUCCGAGGAUCAAUUUCUGCACUGUCUACCACUCCAUCAUGUGCAUGGGCUUUUCAAUGCUUUACUGGCCCCUCUUUAUGCAGGUUCCACAGUCGACUUCGUGCCAAAAUUCAGUGUGAGGGGAAUUUGGCAGAAAUGGCGUGAAUCGUAUCCUACAGAUGGGACUAAAAUGGAUAAUGCCAUAACAGUGUUUACUGGAGUUCCAACUAUGUAUGCACGAUUGAUACAAGGUUACGAAGCAAUGGAUCCAGAACUUAAAGCAGCUUCUGCUUCAGCAGCAAGGCACUUGCGUCUUAUGAUGAGUGGCUCCUCUGCACUUCCGCUGCCCGUCAUGCAGCAGUGGGAAACCAUUACCGGACAUCGGUUAUUAGAACGUUAUGGCAUGACUGAGUUUGUGAUGGCAAUCUCUAAUCCCAUAAGUGGCAAGCGCAAAGGAGGUACCGUUGGCAAGCCAUUUCCUCGUGUGCAGGCCAAGAUUCUUUUGGAAGAUGAGAGCAGUGAUGAUAAAACUGGAGUCGGGGAGCUAUGCAUUAAAAGCCCAUCAUUGUUCAAAGAAUACUGGAAACUACCUGAGGUAACCAAGCAGUCAUUUACUGAGGAUGGAUAUUUCAAGACUGGAGAUACUGUUACAGUUGAUGAAGACGGAUACUACAUCAUUUUGGGACGUACCAAUGCUGAUAUUAUUAAGGUCGGUGGAUACAAAUUAUCAGCACUGGAAAUUGAAGCAGUUCUCUUGGAGCAUCCAACGAUAUCAGAGUGCUGUGUGUUGGGCUUGCCUGACAAAGACUAUGGCGAAGUGGUAUGUACAAUAGUUGUGCCUGAGGGCGAAGUGAAAAGAAGACGAGACGAGGAGCUAAAGCCUGCACUAACCUUGCAAGAACUUUCUGAUUGGGCGAAGGAGAAACUUGCCCCAUACAAGAUACCAACUUGUCUGUUUCUUUGGGACUCGCUGCCUCGAAAUGCUAUGGGAAAGGUAAAUAAGAAAGAGCUGAAAAGAAAGCUGGCUGAAGAUCCCAAACAGGUUUAGAUUGGUCAGAAAGCAAUUUGAAGACGGAAUAUCAGAAAGUAGAAUAAUGCUCUAAGCUCUUGAAGAAUAUUAGUCCAGACAGUGAUUGAAGUAUAUUCUGCUGGAAAGUGCAGAAUUUUAGAUUUUUAUUUACCUUGGAGAAAACAUAAUUCCUCUGUAGUUUGCAAUUCAAAGGAUUCUAGGAAUUUUAACGAGACUAUACUGUUUGAAAAUUGAACUUCGAUAACGUUUUUGAGUUAUACAUAGAUAAACUUUCAAGCCAAAUGUAGCUGCCAUGUAAGUUAUAUACAUUUGAAUGAUAUUUUACACAAUCAAUGUAUUUUUAACAUA